AUGACUCGGACACAAACCGAGACUUUGGUCCUAGAACCAAUCGCCUAUCCGUCUCUCGAGACCAUCUCUCAACUCAGCGCACCGCGGCAUGAAGUUCCCUCCUCUUCAUCCUCCGACGCCGCAAAUGACGAUAAUGAUGUGACCUCCCUCGUUGCCCGGCGCGCCCGGCGCCUGCGAAAAUCUCUCGUGACGUUCCUGCUCUCCGGCGUCAACUUCGCCAACAGCUCCGGAAACGGCCUCGUCAUUAUCGCUCUUCCCCGGAUGACCCGGGAACUAAACCUGCCGCCGACUCUCGCUUUCUGGCCCGCCUCCGUCUCCGGAUUGGCUACGGCUUCGACGCUUUUGCUCGCGGGCGCCGUGGCUGAUGUUUUGGGCCCCAAGGCGGUGAAUCUCCUGGGAUGCAUCACCAAUGGCGCUUUCAUGAUUGGCUGUGGAUUCGUCCAAAAAGGUGAAGAUUUCGUCGUUUUGAGGGCGUUGGCUGGAGUGGGACUCGCGAUGCAUUUGUCGAGCUCCGUGUCGCUCGUCACUAAAACUAUCCCCCAGGGAAGGGGCCGGAACAUCUCUUUUGCCUGUCUUGGGCUGAGCCAGCCCUUGGGCUUCUCGUUCGGUCUUGUUGUGGGAGGCACUUUGGUGGACACUAUCGGUUGGCGAGCGGGAUGGUAUCUCUACGGCGCGAUCACACUUCUGUUGGCGACAAUGGGCUUCUGGGUGUUGCCCCAAACUGGGGUAACGAGCUUGCACAAUGCGAUCCACGAUAUGAAAACGAAGGUUGACUGGGUCAGCGCGGGGCUUGCGUCUGCUUUCAUGGCGAUGCUCUCGUAUUUCCUGGCAACUUUGAGUACCGAUAUAUAUCGAAUAAAACAAGCAAACACGCUCGUGUUCUUAUUCCUUGGACUCCUGGCACUACCCCUUUUCAUCAUCUGGGUCCAUCGCCAAGUGCGACUGGGUAAGCCGGCAUUAAUCCCCAACUCGUUCUGGAGGAACUCGAGCUUUUCCAGCAUUUGCGCCACGAUUGCCAUGUCGCUAGCCGUUUUGAACGCCCUUGAGCUGUUUGCAAGUCUCUAUUUCCAAGAGAUCCAACAACUAUCAGCCCUCCAAGCUGCCAUCCGCAUUCUCCCAAGUCUCGUAGUCGGCACUGUCCUCUGCUUCACAACCGGCCUCUUCGUCCACAAAAUCCCCGCCAACUGGAUCGUCGUCACCACUUCGGUCCUCACCGCAGGAGCCCCCUUGCUCAUGGCCGUCAUCCAGCCUCACUGGCCCUACUGGUCCAACGCCUUCGUCUCCCAGCUCCUCAUGCCCAUCUCUGGCGACGUCAUCUUCACCGUUGGCCUCAUCAUCAUCACGGACGUGUUCCCCGAGGAUAAGCAGGCCGUCGCCGGCGCCGUGUUUAAUACCACGUCGCAGUUUGGCCAGGCGUUUGGCUUGGCUAUCUUGCAGGUCGUUUCUACGCUCGUGGCUAAGGACCAUGACGGUAUGAGUCACGUGAACGCGCUGAUGGAGGGAUAUCGGGCAAGUUUCUGGACGAUGUUUGCUCUGAUGGUUACUUGUGCUGUCGUUGGAGGGCUUGGCCUUCGAAAGGUUGGCAAGGUUGGCCUGAAGCAGGACUGA